CGUUCGCGGAUUACUCUACCCCGACCCAACAACAUCCGAGAGCUAGGGUUUUUCUAGGGUUUCUCUUCUUCUUCUUCGUCUCCUUCGAUCGGGGUCCCCCAUGGCGAAGUUCAACGUGGUACAAAAGGCGCGGCGAGAGCGGAGCCACGAGAAGAAGCGUGCGCUCCACGGCGACCCCGCGUCGGGGAAGCUCACGCAGCGCCGCGGCCCACCCGUCUCCCUCUCCGGGAAGCGCAAGCGCAAGCUCCUCAAGAAAUGGCGAAGGGAUCAAAAACAGGCGUUAGAGAAGGGAUUGGUUACAAUGGAAGAUGUGGAGAUGGCGAUAGCUGAUGAAGGGUCUUCUCAAGGCACUAGUGAGAAGCCACAUAUGAAGGUUCACUUGAAGAAGAAAUCGAGGCUUCAGAUCAAAAGAUUGAGAGGCAAAGGUAAGAAGAAAGGGAAAAGCACUAAUCAACCUGCGAAUGAGAAAAUAGAUGCGAUGGUAGAAUGAGUAGAACAGGAUACUUCUAAAACUCCCCGUCUCCGACCAUGGAACUUAACUGAUGCGAAGUGCUUUCUCCAGAUGAAAUCUAAAUGAAUGCUCAUUAAAAUUUUGUCGAAUUAAUCCUACUUGAUCAUCAAAGUGUGAUGACUUAAGGGUGCAUAUGUAGUUUUAGAAACAUACGUGGUUUGAAGCCAUCGCUCCAUUUCUCUUCUGAUUCAUCAAUUUGGACUCUUUUUUGUAUGUGAUGAACUUCAGCUGUCGCAACGUUUAUUCGAGCAAAUUUCUUUCAAUCAGUAACGGAGGUCAAAAACAUUGUUGUUGAUUUUUCAACUUAAGGAAAGAAAAGGUGCAGGUAUAAA